GAGGAGGACCACGAAGCCGGAGCUCGAGCAAGGAGGCGCGCGUAGAGGGGGGGGUGGUUGAGUCCUGGGAGCGCGCUCGCCCAUACGCUGACUGACUGAGGAGGGAAAAGGGACCGAGCGAGGAGCCACACGGCUGCCUCUCUGUCUGUGGAAGUAAACGUAAAAGGAUGACCUGCCAAAAGGAUGAUGAGCGGGAACGAUCCGUGAGGCGGCCGGGCGGCCCUUUUCGACGCUGCGGCCCCGUACCGUAGGCACUCUCGUCCCCGACCCCGCCGCUGGCGCGCGCUCGCUCGCUCGCUCCCGACCCGUAGGCGCUCUCGUGAAGACGAGCGUCUCGUGCGCCUUUGCUUUUGUGUCCGCGAUCGGGAAGCGGAAUCAAAAAAGGAAAGAGGACAAUACAGAGAGAGAAUUAAAAAGGGAAAUACAAGGAGUUGGUGGACCGGGUGGACUGCGCGGUGAUUCGCCAGCGAGGAGCCCGUGUGAACGCGGUAGAACGGCGGUUAAAACGGUGUACAAAUGUUCCGAGUGCUGCGGAGUAGCCCUAAGCGCGCAGUCGAUAAGCUCGCGCCGCUGAGCCUGAGGUAAAAACAGAACCACCGCGGUGUGUGUUUGUGUGCGCGCGCGCGCGCGUGUGAGAGAGCGAGAGGGUGAGAGGGCCUUUUUUUCUUUCGCCGUUCACGUUCACGUUCACAUCCAUACCUGAGGAUUUGCGCGUGUUCCUCACGAGCGCAGCAGCCUCUGCUGCUCCUGUGGGGAUUCGAGCAAAUCUCCAUCUGUGUGAGCGCGCGAGCCGUCCCGAGUGCAAGGAAGGAGCCCGGCGGUGGAAGUCAUUGUGAGUGAGUGAGUGAGUGAGUGAGUGUGUGUGUGUGUGUGUGUGUGUGUGUGUGUGUUGUGGGAAAGAGGAGUCGAGGUGGACCCGGAGCUCUGAUGGAGCACUGACAGCAUUAUUCAUCACAAAGACAGGAACUCCCCCUGUAUGGACCCUUAAACAGGGAUUGAUCGCAUGGACGCCUGAGGACGGGACUCGUCUCCUGCGGACUCCCACGGAGAGCACCGGACCGUCCCCCCUGCUCCUGCGCACCUUGGACAUGGAUGGAGGGAAGACGCUGGGCAGAGGGCCCUUCCUCCCUUGCGUCCCCGCAGGGCGUCCGCACAUCCCAGCGUACCUGCUGCUACUCGUGGUGCUCCACCUGGUGCUCCACGCCGAGGCCUCGCUGUCCAAAGCGUGCGAGAAGAGCUGCUACUCGGGGAAGUGUGUGAACGGGACGUGUGUGUGCGACCAGGGCUGGGUGGGCGACCAGUGCCAGCACUGCCAGGGCCGCUUCAGGUUGACGGAACCGUCCGGAUCGCUCACAGACGGACCGAUCAACUACAAGUACAAGACCAAGUGCACGUGGCUCAUCGAGGGCUACCCGAACGCCGUCCUGCGGUUGCGCUUCAACCACUUUGCGACGGAAUGCACCUGGGACCAUAUGUACGUCUACGACGGCGACUCGGUCUACGCCCCCCUGAUCGCCGUUUUCAGCGGCCUCGUCGUGCCAGAGGUUCGAGGGAACGAGACGGUCCCCGAGGUGGUGACCACGUCCGGCUACGCCCUCCUGCACUUCUUCAGCGACGCCGCCUACAACCUCACGGGCUUCAACAUUUUCUACUCGAUCAACUCGUGCCCGAACAACUGCUCGGGCCACGGGAAGUGCUCCACGGGCAACUCCAUCGCCAGUCGCGUGUACUGCGAGUGUGACGACUACUGGAAGGGCGAGGCCUGCGACAUCCCCUACUGCAGGAGUAACUGCGGCAGCCCCGACCACGGCUACUGCGACCUCACCGGCGAGAAGCUCUGCGUCUGCAACGACAGCUGGCAAGGUCCCGACUGCUCCCUGACGGUUCCGUCCACCGAGUCCUACUGGGCCCUGCCCAACGUGAAGCCCUUCAGCCCGUCGGUGGGGCGCGCGUCCCACAAGGCCGUGGUGCAGGGCAAGCUCAUGUGGGUCAUCGGGGGUUACACCUUCAACUACAGCUCCUUCCCCAUGGUGCUCAACUACAACCUCGAGAGCAGCAUCUGGAAUGUGGUGCCGGUCCACAGCGGUCCACUGCAGCGAUACGGCCACUCCCUCGCCCUCUACCAGGACGACAUCUACAUGUUUGGCGGGAAGAUCGAGACUCGAGGAGGCAACGUGACGGACGAGCUGUGGGUGUUCAACAUCCCGAGUCGGAUGUGGUCCCUGCGGGCGCCCAACGUGCUCGUGCACGGGCAGCAGUACGCCGUGGAGGGCCACUCGGCUCACGUGGUCGAGCUGGACAACGGCGAAGUCGUCAUGGUGGUCAUCUUCGGGUACUCCUCUAUCUACAGCUACAUCAGCAACGUGCAGGAGUACAACCUGCGCACGAACACGUGGGUGGUCCCGGAGACCCAGGGGGCCAUCGUGCAGGGGGGCUACGGCCACAGCAGCGUAUACGACGGCGUGAGCCGCUGCGUCUAUGUGCACGGCGGCUACAAGGCCCUCCCCGCCAACAAGUACGGCCUGGUGGACGACCUGUACCGGUUCGAGGUGCGGAGCCGGACGUGGACGAUUCUAAAGGAGAGCGGCUUUGCCCGAUACCUGCACUCCGCUGUCCUGCUCAGUGGUUCCAUGCUGGUCUUUGGAGGAAACACACACAAUGACACAUCCCUCAGCAAUGGGGCCAAGUGUUUCUCUGCUGACUUCCUUGCUUAUGACAUAGCGUGUGACGGGUGGAAGGUGCUGCCCAAGCCCAACCUGCACCGCGACGUUAACCGCUUCGGUCAUUCGGCGGUGGUCAGCAACGGAUCCAUGUACGUGUUUGGGGGCUUCUCCAGCGUCCUCCUCAACGACGUCCUGGUCUACAAACCCCCCAGCUGCGAGGCCUUCCUCCAGGAGGAAGGUUGCCUGAAAGCCGGUCCAGGCAUCCGCUGCGCGUGGUCCAAGUCCCGCUGUGUCCCCUGGGACUCUGCCCACACCAAUGGCAGUGUUCCCACGGCUUCCUGCCCCGCCCGGCCACCGACCGUGGACGAGCGAUGCUACCGCUUCUCCGACUGCGCCAGCUGUACGUCCAACACCAACGGCUGCCAGUGGUGUGACGAGAAGAAGUGCCUCGCAGCCUCCAGCAACUGCUCUGUGUCCGUGAAAAACUUCUUCAAGUGCCACUUGAGGAACGAGCAGAUCUGCAGCAAGCUGGCCAACUGCAAGAGCUGCUCCCUGAACCUCAACUGCCAGUGGGAUCACCAGCAGAUGGAAUGCCAUGCCCUGCCGGCUCACCUCUGCGGGGACGGCUGGAACCACGUGGGAGAGUCGUGUCUGCGCAUCAACUCGAGCCGCGAGAGCUACGACAACGCGCAGCACUACUGCAAGAACCUGGAUGGCAACAUCGCCUCGCUCACCACCGUCAAGCAGGUGGACUUCGUGCUGGACGAGCUGCAGAAGUACGAGGUGCAGGGGAAGCGCAUCUCGCCCUGGGUGGGUCUCCGGAAGAUCAACGUGUCCUACUGGGGCUGGGAGGAUGCGUCGCCCUUCACCAACAGCUCGCUGCAAUGGCUUCCCGGGGAGCCCAGCGACUCGGGUUUCUGCGCGUACCUGGAGCGGGCCGACGUGUCCGGUUUGAAGGCAAACCCCUGCACGGCCACCACAGACGGCCUCAUUUGCCAGAAGCCUGUCGUGAGCCCCAACCAGAGCGUGCGGCCCUGCAAGAUGCCGUGUUCGCUGCGCACCAGCUGCGCCAACUGCACGAGCCAGGCCUUGGAGUGCAUGUGGUGCGUGAGCACGAAGCGCUGCGUCGACUCCAACGCCUACGUCAUCUCCUUCCCCUACGGACAGUGCCUCGAGUGGCAGACCGCGGACUGCUUGUUCCAGAACUGUUCCGGUUUGCGCACGUGCAGCCAGUGCCUGGAGCAGCCCGACUGCGGCUGGUGCGGCGACCCCAGCAACACGGGCCGGGGCCAGUGCAUGGAGGGGUCCUCGCGGGGGCCAAUGAAGAGCCUGUCCAAGCAGAGCCAAGACAUGGUGCUGGAGCCGGGACUCUGCCCCAGGGAGAAGGGCUUCGACUGGGCCUUCAUCAACUGCCCCGCAUGCCAGUGCAAUGGCCACAGCACGUGCGUGAACACCAGCGUGUGCGAGCAGUGCCGCAACCUCACCACUGGACCCCAGUGCCAGACGUGCAUGCCUGGUUACUACGGCGACCCGACAAACGGAGGGAAGUGCCAGGCUUGCAAGUGCAACAGCCAUGCCAACGUGUGCCACGUGCAGACGGGCAAGUGCUACUGCACCACCAAGGGCAUCAAAGGAGAUCAGUGCCAGCUUUGUGACUCCGAGAACCGUUACCUUGGCAACCCUCUGCGGGGAACGUGCUACUAUAACCUGCUCAUUGACUACCAGUUCACCUUCAGCCUCCUGCAGGAAGAUGACCACCACUACACGGCCAUCAACUUUAUGGCCACGCCCGAGCAGACCAACAAGAACUUGGACAUGUCCAUCAACGCGUCAAACAACUUCAACCUCAACAUCACCUGGUCUGUGGGCUCCACAGCCGGGACCAUCUCAGGGGAGGAGGUGGCCAUCGUGUCCAAAACCAACAUCAAAGACUACAGGGACAGCUUCUCCUCCGACAAGUUCAGCUUCCGCAGCAACCCCAACAUCACCUUCUACGUCUACGUCAGCAACUUCUCCUGGCCAAUCAAGAUUCAGAUUGCCUUCUCUCAGCACAACGGCAUCAUGGACCUGGUCCAGUUCUUCGUCACCUUCUUCAGCUGCUUCCUGUCCCUCUUACUGGUGGCUGCUGUGGUGUGGAAGAUCAAACAGACCUGCUGGGCCUCCAGGCGAAGAGAGCAGCUCAUGAGGGAGCGCCAGCAGAUGGCCAGCCGUCCUUUUUCCUCGGUGGAUGUGGCGUUGGAGGUGGCGGGUCCGCACACGGAACUGCUGCACGCGUCGGCCGAGGGUGCCCCCAAACCCAUCGCCAUGGAGCCCUGUUCCGGUGGCAAAGCUGCUGUGCUCACAGUCUUCAUGUGUCUCCCCAGGGGGCCCUCUGGCGUCCCGCCCCCCGGCCAGUCAGGCAUUGCCAUCGCCAGCGCACUUGUGGACACCUCCCAGCAGAAGCCUACGGACUUCAGGGAGAAGACCCUCGGACUGAAGAGCCGCAAGUCACACCCCCCCAUGCACCAGGGGACCUGCGUGUGAGCUGGGGCCCCCCUCGGGCCUCCCAGGCCCCACCCUCCCCCCACCUUCUUGGAACUGGCUUCUCCUUGUGCGGUUGGGGCCUCCGCGGGGCCACUUUGUCACCGCGGGGACGCGCCGCAGAACUCCGUCAGGUGGCCGAGCCCCCCUCCCGCCUGCACACUUCACUUCCUGUAGCGUCACCUCCGCCGCCUCGGCCUGGGUUCGAGCAGCGGAGCCCCUCCCUCCAAACAGGGCUACGUCGCUGCUCUUCCAGCUGGGAACUCUGGGUUUUAAAAAGAAAAAAAAAACAGGCACUAAAGGUGUGUUGGGGGGGGGUUGGACUGUGAAUGGUUCAGUGUGUUUAUCAUGUAAUACAAGGAAAAGCAUGUUUUGUUUUUAUGUAGUUUUUUGUAUGGCCCACUCUUGUUUUUAUGUAGUUUUUGUACACCCCCCCCCCCCGCUGAAGUUCAGACAUUUCUCAGGACUCGGCCCUCCCCUCGCCGUUUUCCACGGACCCCCUCGCCUCGUCUGAGCAGGACGCCCUUUUUCAAUCCCCUUGGCUCCACUUUGCCAUUCGGAGCACCACAGCCUGUGUCAUCCAGUUGCUGCGAGAAGGGGGGGGGAGGGGGCUUGUGUGUUGCCAUAGCAACCAUGUGACACAUUAGAAAUGGAACUCAGAGGAAUUGAAACGCUGCCUCUUUACGCUUCUACUUUGGGUUGUUUUCCUGUUUUUGUUGUGGGGAUGUUUUCUGCUUUUUAUUUGGCUCUUAACAGUGGAUGAUGCUACUGCAUGCCAGCCCCCGCUCGUCUCAUAUCUGCAGCGACCACGAUGGCGUGGAAGAACUGGAAGAUGGCGAUGAUGACGACGACACGCGUUUUUAAUUAUUUCGGAAAGAGUACGUCACAUAGCCCUGCUAGUGCUGUGAUCAGUCUGCCCCUCCUGUAGAGGGCGCUCCAGCCCCUCGCCCAAGAGUGUACCCUCUCUCCUACUGUUUUCCUUGGUCGUACUCUCACCGCUGUUACUUUGUUAAUAUUGUGUCCUUACACAGCUAUUAGGCUCACCAGAAUAGGAGAACGCCUCCGAGUCCCUAUCAUGAAUCGUGUAUCGUAGCAGUGGAAGAACAUGCUGGAAAAUAGAGGGUAAAACCGCGAUCCUUUCUGUUCAUCUUCUCGGAGCACUCGUGUACCUGUGUCUGUUGCGAGCGCCACCCCCUCCCUUCACGUGCCAGUGACUUCUUAAAACGCUCUUUCAGCAACACGUUGAGCCCAUGCCGUCUUCCGGUAAGCGCGCGCACACAACGCGGUGCUCGUGCACGCUGGUCGGCUCACGUCAAAGUGUCAGGGCGCUGUAUCCAUCAGCAUUGCACCGGUUUCUCCGCCGCUUGCCAGUCGGUUUGCAACGAGAUCCUCGUUCCUUACAGGUGUGUGCGUGUGCGCGUGUGCGCGCGCCGGGAUACGGAGCUCAGCCGGGUCCCCUGUGGAGGUCACCUGGCUAACUGGAAGGUUAACUGCUAGCUACCGUAGCCGUUCCUGCAGCAGCACCUCCCACCCCCACCUGCCCCACUGCUCCCCUCCGUGUUUCCUGCACCUCCUUGUGCUCCCUGUGGAGAUGAGCAGACUGGCAUCUUCAUCACUUGGGACCAUUCCACGGAGCACUUACGCACUUGGAGCCGAACGCUGCGCGCCUCUAGGGGGCGCCUGUGCUCCGGGACACCUGCUGAACGCUUUCCCAUCACCAACAGAUGUGUGAAAAUGUUGCCGUCUCCAUGGGUGUAGUUCCCUUAGAGUAUCUCUUUGGGUACCAUCUGACGAAUACUACGCUGACCGGGUGUUGUACCCAGGAAGGGUGGCGACCGGACCGGACUGAGCUGUGGGCUCCCGCAGCGCUCUGUUCUGACCCGCGUUUGUUUUGUAUCUUCAUCAUACGCCUGUAUCGAUGUUCUCUGUGUAAUGAACACUACUAUGAUGUAAAAUAAAAUGUUGGAAAUGUUGA